GUUAUUUGAUAACGCAAAUGGCGGCCAAAAAUCAAUUUUGAAUUGUGACAGUCGGAUUUCAUAAUUCUGUUGUAUGAGGAAAAUACAUUAUUUACUUAGCAUUUAGUAAAAAAAUACGGAAUUCAUAGCUUUUAUUUGUAUGAGGAUGGUUUCAUUAGUAACGGCUUUAUCAGUUUCGUAGUGUUCGUAAAUUAAUGCGCGUUAAAGUGUACUUUGCCGAUACUUAUUGGACGAUGAUGUAAGAAAUUGAAGGUCCUUCAAGCUUUUGUGUGCGCAGCCUGUAUUGUUUUCGUGUCGGUUCAGGGUUUAAACGUAUUUGAACCAUGGAAGGCGAAGAAAGUGGCGUAGGAAACGCCGAAAAAGAUGAUUACGAGAGUAGCUCGCAUUCCACGCCGCAAGAACACAAAUCUUUUGCAGAGUUCGCGAAAGAUAAACUCGACAGCGCUGGCAGGGAGCUGCGAAGGCGUCUGCCCAUGGCAGGUCAGCUUGGCGCACGGCUGAUGCAUCCCAGAAGACUCCUUCUGCAAUCCACACCAACACAGCAGACUGAUGUUGUUUUAAUAUUCCCUAAAGGAUUACCAGACAGUAUGCUGCUAUGGUUGCUGCAGAAGCUGCGCGGCAGUCGGCCUCGUUUGCGCGUGUGCGUGAGGCAGCACGCGUCUUCGCAGUGCUCUGCGUUCUAUAUCACUGCCGAUGACGAUGUACUGUUGCAAACCGCUGAAGAGAUCCAUCUGCCGAAGUUACUGAAACCGGAAUUCGGAGGCGGCUACAAGGAGUUCACCGUACGGGACAUGCAUUGCUUCCAGAAGGGCGCGAGCGCGGCAGAGUUACUGAGUUCGCAGGAGCGCGGCGCAUUGGUGAAGCACGCGCUGGAGGCGGCGCGCGCCGAGCCCGGCGACGAGCGCGCGCUCGAGCCCGCGCUCACGCUGCGCGCCGGACAGAGCAUCGUGCCGGCGUGCGUGAGCCGCGGCGUAGUGGCCAGCAUGUUCCCGCUUCACGAGAGGACCGCUUUAGAAAACUUGAGAAGGAAGUGGGUCAAAACGUUUUUCUCACCGCAACCUUUAGAUGAAAUAAGUGAAUAUUUCGGUGUGAAGAUAGCAAUGUAUUUCGCUUGGCUCGGACACUACACACAGUCGUUAACUGUGCCUGCUGUGGUCGGUUUUAUAUUUUGGAUAUGGCUGGGCACAGCGAAUGAGAGCUGGAAAGACAUAGCAUACGUUUUAUUUUCGUUGUUCAACGUGUUGUGGGCGUGCGUUUAUUUGGAAACUUGGAAGAGGUACUCCAACGUACUCGCGUACAGAUGGGGCACGCUGGAUCAGAGGGAUGACUUGUUAGUGGAGCCCCGACCGCUUUUUCAGGGCGAGAUGAGCACGUCGCCGGUGACGGGCCGGCCCGAGCCGCAGUACGCGGCGUGGCGCCGGCGCGUGUGGCGCCACUGCGUGUCCGUGCCGCUCAUGCUGCUGUGCCUCAGCGUCGCCGCAGCGGCCACCUUCGCGCUGCUCAGGGCGCAGGACUGGUGGGAGAGUAAGAUAAUGUACCUGACGUGGAUACCGCGCGCAUUGCUCGCUAUAAUGAUCGCGGUAGAAGAGGAGGUGUACGCACGGAUCGCGCGGUGGCUCAACGACAAAGAAAAUUAUCGACUCGAGACAAAAUAUGAGAACCACCUGAUUGUGAAAAUAUCGUUGUUUCAAUUUGUGAACUCGUUCAUGAGUUUGUUUUACAUCGCGUUUUAUCUUCAGGAUAUGGAUAAGUUGAAAGAGCAACUGGCGGUGUUGCUCAUAACUCGUCAGGUUAUUGGCAAUCUGAAGGAAUCCGCGUUGCCGUAUCUGAUAGAGAACUUGAGACUGGCCAAGAUGUGCGUGGACGUGUUCGGGGCGCUGAGCCCUACGAAAGCGCCAACAUCAACUCAACUGACGGAUAUGUUCGAUAAGAAAACGGAUUCUGCAAGCGAGUCGCCCGAGAACAGUAUUGUUAACGGAGGCGCUGAGAAACCGAAGGACGAGAAGAAAGAAACCGAAUCGCCUGUGGGACAGAAGGUUAUACACCAGGCAGAACUGGAGUCGCAGUUGUUUAAGUAUGAGGGCACGUUCGCGGAGUACCUGGAGAUGCUGACGCAGCUGGGCCACGUGGUGCUGUUCUCGUCCGCGUUCCCGCUGGCGGCGCUGUGCGCGUUGCUCAACAACGCGGCGGAGGUGCGCGCCGACGCGUUCAAGUUGUGCCACGUCGCGCAGCGGCCUUUCGGCGACAGAGUCAACUCCAUCGGCAGCUGGCAGCACGCGAUGGAAGCGA